GGACUCGGUCCUAGCGGUUCUUAGAGUUUGGGUCACGUGCCAAGAUCGGCUAUGCCAGCCGGUAGAGGCUCGACUGUGUUACCGCCAGCGUACCGCUUAAUGAGAGAGUGAAAGAGAGAGAGAGGGGUGUUGUUGAUAUUGUAAACCGGUGACAGGUAUCGUCCCUUACGUCGUCCUUCUUAUCUUACCUCCGGUACUCCCCUUGAUGGUGUGUAUAAAAAGAGAAUAGAAGAUGACGCGAGGCUGAGUGAGUUUAACGGGAAGAUGCUCCUCGUCAGUGUGCCUGUGCUCCUUCUGCUUUCGGUAGUCGGUAAAGAUGCGGCUGACCUCCCCGCGACAGACGCGUCGUUUCUUCCGGACCUGGAGCUGCGUAGCGGUGGACAACCCGGUCCGUCGCUACCCGCUUCUCCGACCACCUCUCUAGACCGCUUCCAGGUUCAGCCCCGGGAGGAGUAUGCCUCGCCGGGUAUUGCCUUGGCCCGGUCCGCCGAGGAACCGUCCGCGACCACGGAGGACGGCGGGGAGUCGCACCGCCACGGCGGGGGGUUUCAGAUGGUGCAGUGGGAAUGGAGCUACGUUCAGACGCCUUACAUUAUCGCGAUAUGGAUCCUGGUGGCCAGCGUCGCGAAAAUCCUGUUCCACUUCUCCCAGCGGUUCACCACGGUGGUCCCAGAGAGCUGUAUGUUGAUCUUACUGGGCCUGGUACUGGGUGGCAUCGUACUGCUGACCAGUAAGAAACAGCUGUACCAGCUAGAGCCUGGCCUCUUCUUCCUCUUCCUCCUGCCAACCAUCGUAGGUGACGCCGGGUAUUUCAUGCCCGCGAGGCUCUUCUUUGACAAUCUGGGAGCCAUCUUACUGUAUGCUGUGGUGGGAACUCUCUGGAAUGCCUUCUGUACAGGCUUCUGCCUCUAUGGGGUCAAACUGAUGGGGAUCAUAGGUGAGUCAAGCUGCUGGGGGGUUCAGGCAGGUCUGAUGUAGUUCCUGUUGUUUGGUUCUGUUGUUGCUGUUGUUGUUGUUGUUGCUGUUGUUGCUGUUGUUUCUGUUGUUUCUGUUGUUGCUGUUGUUGUUGUUGUUGUUGUUGUUGUUGUUGUUGUUGUUUCUGCUGUUGUUUCUGUGUUGUAUAAGGUGUACAUGUCCUUCGUGGAGGUGGGCCCUGAGAAUGUUCAGACAGCUGACUAUUUCAAAGGAGUGGCCUCAUUCCUCAUCGUCAGUAUUGGUGGGACCAUGGUGGGUCUGAUCUUUGCUGCUCUCCUCGCCUUCAUCACACGUUUCACCAAGAAGGUCCGCAUCAUUGAGCCUCUAUUGGUGUUCCUCAUGGUCUACCUGGCCUACCUCACCGCCGAGCUCUUCUCUCUGUCCGCCAUCUUGUCAAUGACGUUCUGUGGUAUCGGCUGUAACAAGUACGUGGAGGCCAACAUAUCCCAGAAAUCUCGUACCACGGUGAAGUACACGAUGAAAACCCUGGCCAGCAUCGCCGAAACCAUCAUCUUCAUCUUCCUGGGCAUCUCAGCCGUGGACAAGUCUAAGUGGGCCUGGGACACAGGACUCAUCUCCUGUACGCUCAUCUUCAUCUUCGUCUUCAGGGCCCUGGGUGUGGUCAUGCAGACCUGGGUGUUGAACUGGUUCCGCCUCGUCCCAUUGGACAAGAUCGACCAGGUGGUGAUGUCGUACGGUGGCCUGCGAGGGGCGGUGGCGUUUGCCUUGGUGGUGCUGCUGGACGCAGAACGGGUCCCGGCUAAAGACUACUUCGUGGCCACAACCAUCAUAGUGGUUUUCUUCACUGUGAUGUUCCAGGGUCUGACCAUCAAGCCUCUAGUGAACUGGCUCAAAGUACCUCGUGCCACCAACCGCAAGCCCACCAUCAACGAGGAGAUACACGAGCGUGCCUUUGACCAUUGUCUGACAGCCGUGGAGGACAUCGCUGGACUCAACGGUUACCACCACUGGAGAGACAAGUGGGAGCAGUUUGACAAGAACUACCUGAGCAAGUUGCUGCUGCGGAAGUCUGUGUACCGGAAGAGCGAGCUGUGGGAGGUCUAUCAGAAAAUCAAUAUUAGAGACGCCAUCAGUGUUAUAGACCAGGGUGGCAACGUGCUGACCUCUGCCAGGCUCUCUCUGCCCUCCAUGGCCUCCAGGGCAUCUUUCCCAGAGGUCACCAACGUCACCAACUACCUGAGAGAGAACGGUAGUGGGGUCUGUCUGGACCUCCAGGUGAUUGACAACGUGCCGGGAGCCAAGGUGGAGGAGGAGUCAGAAACGCAUCACUUCCUGGCUGGGAACCUGUACAAGCCCAGGAGACGGUACCAGUCCCACUACAGCAGACACUUCAUGACAGUGGGGGACCACGAGCGUCAGGACAGAGAGAUCUUCCAGAGAAAUAUGAAGAGUCGCAUGGAGACGUUCAAGACCACCCGACACAAACGCCACAGCCACAAGAAGGACCGCAGCCAGAAAAAGCGGAGAGGAUCAGAUGUUAAAGAACAGGACCACAACGACAAACCUCGACGGAACGUCAGCUGGCAGGACAAAGAUCCUGUGGUGGUGCCAGUGGAGUCUGAGGAUGAGAAGGGGGAACACUUGGAGCCCGAGAAGGAGGAGGACGUUGGCAUCACCUUUGUGGCUCGAAAGGUUCCAGACACGCCCAAAGAACGACCCAAAUCUGUCCCGGCUGGUCUGGAGGUGUGUCAGAGCCCCUCCGUGGCCCCGCCCUCCCCCACCUGCAGUGAGAGGAACCUGCCCUGGAAGGGCGGCAUCGGAACCCUGCCGGUGUGUGUUUCCAUGGAGGCUACUAAAAUCAUCCCCAUAGACCUGCAGCAGGCGUGGAACCAGAGCAUCUCCUCCUUAGAGAGCCUGUCCUCUCCGCCGGGCCCCGUAGAGCCCUUACACCCCCGCGUCAGCGCCCUCUCCAGGCUGGGAGGGCAGCGUCCUGUCUCAUACUCUGGUAGUGGAGUUAGUGGCUCUGGUUUUGGAUCCAGAGGGGCUGGGUCAAUAGUGGCUCAGGGCAUCGCUCGGUUUGAGUUUCCUCCAGGAGGAGAGGAGAAGGAGGAGGAGGAAGCCUUGUCUGAUCAGGAGCAGGAGCUGCAGCCCCUCAUGUCAUCCUCUGUGAGGCCCCCUGGCCCCCCGCCCCCUCCCCCCCUGGCCCAGGGUCUAGGGCGGAGGAGGAACCCCUGUGUGUACCUGAGGAGCCUGGUCACAGCGCCCCCUCCUGGCAGUGAGCCGCUGGCGCGCAGCAGAGGGCCCACUCAGCUUUAAUAGCUCCAACCACAUCUCUGGUGUUGCCCCGGCGACGCAGAUCUAGGAUCAGCUUACUCAACCAUGUCCCUAACCAAUACCUACUAGGGAGAACAACACAAGACUGAUUUCAAAUCAGCUUUUAUGGGCAAUCACGUCCCUCACUGCCUCACACACUCAACAACAGAACAGACACCCAACCACACACACACACACACACAGCUCAGGCCGUCCAACCCCCUCAGCUCUGCUACUUCUCCUUCCAGACGACGAGUCUUCAUCUCCUUCAAUAACUCUGGAUCCACCAUCUCUAUAGAUUCAGACACACACACACACACACACACACACACACACACACACACACACACACACACACACACACACACACACACACACACACACACACACACACACACACACACACACACAGGAUGUUGGACUAAUACAGCGAUGAUGAUAUUGAGGAAGUAUAAUGAGCAUCCCAUAAUGAGCACCCUAUUCCCUAUAUAGUGCACUACUUUUGACCAGGGCCCCAAUAGGGAAUAGGGUGCUAUUUGGGACGAAGGCUGAGAGUUUUGAUGUGGCAGCUGGCACAGUCACAUAUAGACAGACACAGUGCAUUGUGGUCCAGGGUUGGGGCCACCCGUCCAUGUGGUAAAACAAUACCAGUUUCCAGAGAGAGUGUUGUUGAUUGAUGACCAGAUCCUGGUCCCUGAUUGGUUCUACCCCCCCCCCCUCCCUGCAGGGGUCGAGGUUCUGCCCAGUCUGUUUCAUACACUUGAAUAUAAGGCAAUGUCAAGAUGUAAAAGCCGAUUUGGGAAAUAUAUCUGUCUACAGCCGGACGGCCACAUUACCCAUCUAACAUCAAACACUCCAUUCAACCCCCAGUCCUCUCCUCUCCUCUCCUCUCCUCUCCUCUCCUCUCCUCUCCUCUCCUCUCCCCUUCUCUCCUCUCCUCUCCCCUCCUCUCCUCUCCUC